UCUCUAAACUCUUAUUUCUCCUUAUCUCUCCUCCACCAUAAAAACCACAUCCAAUUUCUUCAAAUGCCCAUAUUGAUGAGUGAGGCAGCUUUGUGUUAUCCGAUCGCGAAAUCGGCGACCAAAUUUGCCGGUUUUGAGAAUGCUCUGAAAGAGAGUGGCAGGAAUUUCAAUGUCGAUGUCGACAGAAAGAAUCAUCAGGACAGUGUUUUUCUCGACAAGCGCGGGAAGUGGCGAACAUUCGAUCCGAAAAAGCUGUCCAGGAAAAGAGGUGGUUCUCUGAGGGGCCGCGGGUGGAAAUACGGUUCCGGUUUCGUCGACGGCGUGAUCCCUGUUCUUAGCCCGAUGGCAGACCAAAUCCUCAAAUUCGUUCAGCAGGAAACCGAUGCCGCCAAAAUCUGGCGGUCGUUUAAUCGUCUCCCUCCUACGCACAAUCUCUGGGACGAUUUGAUCAGCGUCGCCGUGCAGCUUCGCAUAUUCAAGCAGUGGGAUCCUGUGAUUGCGGUAUGCGAGUGGAUAUUUUACAAGAGUCCGUUCCGUCCCGACAUAAUCUUCUACAACUUGCUGAUCGAUGCGUUCGGUCAGAAGCGUCAGCUGGAUAAAGCAGAAGCGGUUUACUCGCGGCUUCUGGAAGCGCGGUGCGUGCCGACCGACGACACUUACGCACUUCUUCUGAGGGCUUGUUGUAGGUCGGGAUCGCUCCACAAGGCCGAGGCUGUGUUUACUGAGAUGCGGAAGAACGGCAUUCCUCCGAGUGUGGUUGUUUACAACGCGUAUCUCGACGGAUUGUUGAAAGGAAGAUGCACUCAGAAGGCGAUCGAGAUUUUUCAGCGGAUGAAGAAAGAUCGGUGCACGCCGUCCACCGAGACUUACACAUUGAUGAUAAAUAUCUACGGAAAGGCGAACCAAUCGGCGACGGCCUUGAAGUUGUUCAAUGAGAUGAAAACCGAAAAAUGCAAGGCCAAUAUCUGCACCUACACUGCUCUUAUCAAUGCAUUCGCGAGGGAAGGGCUUUGCGAGAAAGCAGAAGAAGUGUUCGAGCAGUUGCAAGAAGCCGGGCACGAGCCCGAUGUUUACGCCUACAACGCUCUCAUGGAAGCUUACAGUCGCGCAGGUUUCCCGUACGGCUCUUCCGAGAUCUUCUCUCUGAUGCAGCACAUGGGAUGCGAGCCCGAUCGCGCUUCAUACAACAUAUUGGUCGACGCGUUUGGUCGAGCCGGCCUUCACGAAGAUGCGCAAGCUACGUUCGAAGAGCUAAAGAGGCGCGGCAUGACCCCCACCAUGAAGUCCCACAUGCUCCUUCUCUCGGCCUACUCGAAAGCUGGGAACAUCCCGAAAUGCGAGGAGAUCAUGAACCAGAUGCACGAAUCGGGCCUCGAGCCCGACACAUUUGCGCUGAACUCGAUGCUCGACGCGUACGGUAAAGCCGGGCUUUUCGACAAGAUGGAGCAAGUGCUCUCCAAGCUAGAGACCGGCCCGUACGCGACCGACGUCAGCUCCUACAACAUCUUGAUCAAUGUGUAUGGGCGCGCGGGGUUCUUCGAUCGAAUGGAGGAGCUCUUUCGGUGCAUUCCGCGUAGAGGACUAAAAGCCGAUGUCAUAACGUGGACUUCGCGGAUAAGUGCUUAUUCACGGAAAAAGCAGUAUGAGAAGUGCUUGGAUUUGUUUGAAGAGAUGAUUGAUUCCGGGUGCUACCCCGACGGCGGGACCGCGAAAGUGCUUCUCGCGGCGUGUUCUAGUGAGGAGCAGGUUGAGCAAGUCACUGCAAUUGUGAGAUCCAUGCACAAAGAAGCAAAAUGUGUGUUUACUAUUUGAAUAUUUUUGGUCCCAUGCUCGUGAUUUUUUAGCCGUCGGAUUGUCUCAAAAUUCACGCAGCACUAAUAAAGGAGAAUGAGUGGGACACAUCGUUAAUAGUGUUAUAUGGAUCUUAAAGUGAUCCGAUGGCUAAAAUGUCACAAGCACAAGUACUACUGUGCUCCUAUGCUAAAAAGUACAGGAGCUGACUCUCAAAGAGUUGAGCUCAUUAAAAGCACAGGAGCUAAACGUAUUUGUGAUUUUUCAGCUGUCGGCUUGCCUUAAAAUCAGUGCAGCACUAAUAAAGGGGACUUAGUGGGACACACCGUUAAUAGUGUUGUACGGAUCUUAAAGUGAUCUAACGGCUAAAAUGUCACAUGCAUAGAUGCUCCGGUACUUUUAGCACAGGAACUCGACUCCCAAAGAGUUGAGCUCAUUAAAAGCACAAGAACUAAACGUACUUGUGAAUUUUUACCUGCCGAAUUACCUUAAAAUCCGUGCAGCAAGUUAAUAGUACUGUAUGGAUCUUGAGACGACUCGAUGGUUAAAAAGUCACGAGCACAAAUGCUCCUGUGCUUUUAAAAGCGCGGGAGCUCAACUCUUGGUCCAAAUUAACUUUUUUUUUGUAAAAUAGUUUAAUAAUUUUUUUGCGUAAAUUGUGCGUCGGUGUUAA